AUCACAAAGCUGAUUUGGAAUUUUUGUGUUUCUAAAUGUAUUUCUUUUAAAUGUAGAUCUUUUAAACAAUUUUAAGAUGGAUGACGAUGUCUGCAAUUUGCUCCGAGAAUGGGGUCUGGAAAACUAUAUUGACAUUUUUAAAGAAAAUGCCAUAACGUCAAUGAGUUUACCGCUACUAGGUGCUUCCGAAAUUAAGGAAAUGUUACCUGUCAUAGGGCACCGAGUCCUUUUUAUGAGGAACUUGGAAGAAUGGCGUAGAGCAAUGCAUCCUAACGCUUCAAACAGCUAUGAAUCUCAAGAAAUAAGUUCCUGUAGGUCUCAAAUCCAAAACGAAACCUUAAGCUUUUCGCUAAACGAUAUUUUACCUGGUUUUGACAAGAUUGAUUCAUUUGAUUCGACAGUGCUCGUUGAAAAUACACAAUUAACACCACAAUCCAUCAAAAACAUGGAGUCUUGUACUUCAAGUAUUGACGAUCUUAAAACACUUCUUGAGAACUCUUUAGAAGGCAAAGGACUCCUCAGCUUAAAUAAAAACUUACCACUAGGUAACAUCCCAAGACUACGAUUAGUGCGUAUUAUAAGCACUCAUAUACUUAAAAAAAACCCGGAAAGAAAUAUUACUGCCUCUAUUUAUGGAAAAUGGACAAAUGAUGUUGUUCAUUUGUUUCCACGGGAAAAUAGGUCGGUUUAUUUCCACAAUAAAAUUAUAGACUCUGGUCAUGGAAUUGUCAACCGGUUGGCUGGAAAGUUGCCAGACCACAUCCACAAUCUUAAAAGAAAAUAUCGGGAUUCUGGUUUAAUUACAAAAAGAAAGCACUCCAUUUCAUCAUCUCCAUCCAGCACACGAUCAUCGACUCCCAUACAAAGCUCAAUUAAACGCCUGGCAACAAGCUUUGAUAUUGCAGAUGAUGAAGACACGGCUGAAGAGGAUUUAGAAUGGCUAAGAAAUUCAAGCCAUCCAUGGCAAACAGUUGAAGAAAAAUGGGAAAAAACCAUUAACGCUCGACUUCGCCUCCUAACAACGUUUACUAUUACGAAUUAUUUUGAUGAAUAUCCGGCCCUAAAAAAUGGACUAGGAUAUAAACUUCUUGAAAAAGACUUCAACACACUACACAGUGAGAAUUGCAAAGGGUUGACGGAAAAUUUUCCAAAAUUAAAAAGACAAAUCUACGGAGUAGCAGAAACAAAAUUAAAAGGAAACAACUUAUACAUACAAAAACUCAUAUCUCUGGAGAAUUUGACAGAAAAUACAAGCAAUAUUGGAGCAUUCCUGCUUAUACCAACCCUCCUAAUGGUUUCAACUAUAAGAUUGAGAGGAGUAAAUAAAAAAGUUUGGCGACCAUCGAAAUCGGAGGUAAGGGAGAGCUUCAUCACUCAUGUAUACAGUGAUGCUGAAGUCGAUCAAUCCAUUUCCUUGAGGCGGGAGAAACUUCAAGAACUUGGUCUAACACUGCAGCCUUAUAUUUUGAUUGUAGGUACGUCUCUUGACAAAAUUAAAAGCUAUUUUGUAGUUAUAAAUGAGAUAAAGUAUGUUUUUAAUUCCAUUAUUGAAGCGGUAGAUAUAUGCUUCAAAAUUAUAUUUAUGAUAAACGCAGAAUAUCCAGCGGAAUCCAAAUCUACAUGGAUGUUUAUUCAAAAAGCUUUUUUUAAAUUAUCAACAACUUUCGAUAAAGAGUCCACUGCCGCCAACACCUUGCUCGCCCAAUUAGGAAUCGACGAACAAUAAGACAAAAUCCAUUUGUUUCUUACAUUUAAUAAUCAUGGUUUUUUUAUUUUCUAUGCAAAUCCUUUUUUAAGGAUCUUAAAUCUCUUAAAUCACAUUUUAAUUUUAUUCACUCUGAACAUGAAUUUUUAAACUACAAAUGCAACGAAGAUGGUUGUAAGAGGUCCUUUUCUUCUUUUAAUUCAUUUCGACGACAUAUCCAGAAGGAGCAUAUUUCCUUGGUUCAAAAUCAUCCAAACUGUAUUAAUGAUAUUAUAUAGUAGCCAUUAUAAAUAUGUUCCUUAAUACUUUGUAAUGUAUUAAUAUCAAUUAUCUGAUUGGAGUAAGGUGUUGGUGUUGGUUUUAAAAGAAGCUC